ACCUCAGUUUUACGUUUUGGCCCACUUUGUGUUUGAGUUCGACACCCGUGCUGUAUAUGGUUGCGGUACAGUAGUUGGUACCACAGGAGCGUCAGAUUAGCGUGCCAACGCAGAACGGGCGGGCGGGGCGGUGUCUCAGCGGACCUGUUGUGCGGCUCUUUUCGCUGGUCGUGACGGUUUGACUCGCAGGGGCGUCUGGAAGUUUCUCUCACGCACCGCCACCGCAGGUGAGGAGGAGCCGCCAUGUUGGCCUCCUGGACCCCCCCGUCUCUCCUCCUCCUCCUCCUCUUCCUCCUGCCCUCGGACUCCUCGGUGCGCUGGGUGAGCCUGCGCGGCGCCCCCCUCCGCCACCUGCUGCUGGACCCCCAGUCCGGGUGGGUGUACGUGGGCGGGGUGGACCACCUGUACCAGCUGACCUCGGACCUGGAGCCCGUGUUCCAGGUGAAGACGGGCCCCCACCUGGACUCCCCCGACUGCCUGCCCCCCAUCAUACCCGCCCACUGCCCCUCGGCCAGGCCCACCCACAACCACAACAAGCUGCUGCUGCUGGAGGCGGGGCCGGGGGCGGAGCCCGGCAGCGUCAUCGUCUGCGGCUCGCUCUACCAGGGCAUCUGUGAAAAGAGGAGUGUGUCCAACAUCUCCCAGCUGGUCUACCAGUCGUCCAACCCGGUGGACACGGAGUACGUCGCCGCCAACGACCCCCACGUAUCCACCGUGGGCAUCGUGCUGACCACGGGGGGCGGAGCCGACGGCUCGAUGCUGCGUUUCAUGCUGGUGGGGCGGGGCUUCACCGGCAAGGGCCUGGGCGACAUCCCGCCCAUCACGGCGCGCCGUCUUUACCCGGCGGUCUUCCCUCGCCGCGCCUUCGGCCAGGAGGACGAGCUGGGCAAGCUGACCAUCGGCAGCUACUCGGAGUACGACAGCCACUUCGUCAAGGCGCUGGCCAUCGGCGACCACGUCUACUUCCUCUUCUCGCGGCGGGACGUGCGCUACAAGAGGGAGCACGGCACCUACAUGGCCCGCCUCUGCGUCGCCGACCGCGACUUCGACUCCUACGUGGAGGUGCCGCUGCUCUGCCGGGGUGGCCACAACCUGGCCCAGGGGGCGUGGCUCGGCCGGCGCUCGGGAAAGCCCGCGCUCUUCGUGGCCAUGGCGGCCGGCUGGGCGCCCACGUCGGUGUCCACGGACAAGUCGGCGCUGUGCAUCUACGGCGUGGAGGAGCUGGACGCCGCCAUGAAGGCGGCGCGGGUGUCGUGCUACACCAAAGGAGGGCGCGGGGUCAAAGGGCAGGAGGAGGAGGCCUACGUGGUCUACACGUCCUCGUCUCACUGCCUCACCCUCCCCGAGUCGUCCGUCUCCAAGUACCCAUGCGGGGGGGAGCACACGCCCAGUCCCAUCAGCAGCGUCAAGCCCCUCGAGGCCACGCCCGCCUACACCGCCGCCACCCGCCUGACCGCCGUCGCCUCGACAACCGAGGCCGGGCACACGGUGGCGUUCGUCGGGGACCGCGAGGGACGACUGCACAAGGUUCUGGUGCGGCCGGACGGGUCGGGGGAGCGGUACGGGAGCGUGCUGGUGGACGACGGCAGUGCGGUCAACGCCGACCUCCUGUUGGACGCCGGCGAGCAGAACCUCUUUGUGAUGACCAGCAGCAGGCUGUCCAAGGUCCCCGUGUCGUCAUGUGACCAACACGCCGACUGCCAGUCCUGUCUGGCCACCAGAGACCUGUACUGUGGCUGGUGUGUGCUGGAGGGAAGAUGUUCCCGCCAACACGAGUGUGAGCGCCACCUUCAGGCCAACAACUGGAUCUGGAGCUUCGACCAGUCCAAGCGGUGCGUGACGGUGCGCAGCGUGCAGCCGGCCAAUCAGAGCAGAGACGAGCAGACUCAGGUAACGCUGUCCCUGGCCCUGCUCCCCGUCCUCUCGGCGACCGAGUCUCUCUCCUGUGUCUUUCGCGGCCUUCCCCCUGGCCCCGCCUCCAUCGCCGGCACCAGCGUCACCUGCCGCUCCCCCUCGCCGGAGCUCCUGCCGCCGCCGCCCUCAGGACGCGAUCACGUGACCCUGCCCGUGUCGCUGAUGUUUGGUCAGGUGACCAUUGCCGCGGCCGACGUGGCCUUCUACGACUGCGGCGCCGUCGGCCGCCUCAACCGCAGCUCCCAGUGUUUGGCGUGUGUGGACAGCGCCUGGAAGUGCAACUGGUGUCCUCUGGACCAACAAUGUACUCACAGAGACACCUGCGCCAGCCGACACGUCAUCCUCAACCAGAGAGUGAGCCUGUCCGCCUGUUUACCUGUCUGGCUGUCUCCCAACCCGUCUGUCUGCCAGCAGGACUCCUCCGGUCCGGGCCAGUGUCCUCUGGUCUUCGGUCUUCAGAGUUCCGCCUUGGUUCCCGUGGGCAUGACGAGCAGUGUGGUUCUGAAGGCGCGGAACCUGCAGGUCUACAAGGACGAGGCUCCCUAUGUGUGUGUGGUGGACCUGGAGGGUGUCCAAGUCAACCUGACAGCUGAUGUCCAGAAAAGCCAGGACAACACACACACUUUCACCUGCGGACCCCACCAGUUUGACUACGCUGUCAGUCAGCUGGUUUAUUCGGCGGCCAUCUUCCUGAGGACAGGAACCCGACGCAUCGACACUUUACCUGGUCUUCAACUCCAGUUGUACAACUGCUCGGCCGGCCAAUCAGAUUGCUCGCAGUGCCGGGCGGUCCCUAAGGAGUACGGCUGCGUGUGGUGCGGCGGAAGCCCCGCCCCCAGCUGCGUCUACAACCAAUCGUGCGCCGGCGUGCCCGCCGACACCUGCCCGCCCCCGCAGAUCACGCAGGUGCACCCCCGCUCCGGUCCACUGGAGGGCGGAGUCUUAUUGACCAUCAGCGGCAGCAACAUGGGGAUGAGCUACCACGAUGUGAUGGGCGGAGUCACGGUGGCAGGUGUGCUGUGCCCCCCCCAACCUGAAGAGUACCAAAUAUCCACCAGGGUUGUGUGUCGACUGCAGGCCAGCCAGAAGCAGAGGGCGGGGCCUGUCCUCGUUACCGUGGGAACAGGCCCACCAGGAAGGUCCAUCAUCAACUUCAACUAUCAGGACCCUCGGAUCCUGGACCUGACCCCUAACAGAGGUCCACUCUCUGGAGGGACCCGGGUGACCGUCAGAGGACGACAGCUGCUGACGGGCCAGACGUCCAACCUGAGCGUCUUCCUGGGGUCACACCCCUGCUACACACUGGAUGAGGUCAGCGACAAGCAGCUGGUGUGUCAGACUCCUCCCAGGAACCAGACCGGCAAAGUCCUGGUCCGGGUUUUGUUCGGUAAGGCGGAGCGUUCCAGUCCCAACGUGACGUUCCGCUACGUGGAGGACCCCGUCAUCACCAACGCCACGCCUACGGAGAGCUUCUACGCCGGCGGGCGUGUGGUGGUGGCGAGCGGCAGGAAUCUGGACGUGGUGCAGCGGGCGGUCAUGUCCGUGUGGGUGGAGCCCGUGGACGUCCAGAGGGUGCGGCGCAGAAGGCGGGUGGCCCUGCUCAGCGCCAGGCAGCAGGUGGUCUUCAACGGCACCAUGGAGACGGUGUCCGAGCGCUGCGCCGUCCUGUCCUCCUCGCAGAUGACCUGCCCCACCCCUGCGGUCCCCCCGGAGGUCCAAGUGAAGGGCGUCUGGUUCCAGAUGGACAACGUGCGAGUCCAUUACGAGAGCAUCAAGGGCAAGACCUUCACCUACCAUCCCAACCCUCGCCUCUUCCCUCUCAACCGAGAAGCGCCGGACGCGCCGUAUCGCUUCAAAGCCGGCGGCGUGAUCGCCGUGGAGGGCGAGGACAUGACGCGCGCCAUGUCCAGACAGGAAGUGACGGUUCUGCUGGGAGACCAGGAGUGCGAGGUGAAGACCUUGGACGGCACUCACCUGUACUGCGAGCCUCCCGCGGUCCAGCCAAUGAGUGCGGACGACAGCGGCGGUCUUCCCCGCCUCCAGGUGCUGAUGGGACACCUGCAGGUGGACUUGGGCACGGUUCAGUACGACGGCGACUCUCUGCUGCCCCCCAUCCCGCUGGCCGCUCAGAUCGGUCUGGGGGCGGGGGCGGCGCUCGUCAUCCUGUCGGUGCUGGUGGUCAUCCUGGUGUACAGGAGGAAGAGCAAGCAGGCCCUCAGAGACUACAAGAAGGUCCUGUUGCAGUUGGAAACCUUGGAGAUCAACGUGGGCGAUCAGUGUCGCAAGGAGUUCACCGACCUGAUGACGGAGAUGAUGGACCUGAGCAGCGACGUGGGAGGACCAGGUCUCCCCCUGCUGGAUUACCGCACAUACGCGGAGAGAGUCUUCUUCCCUGGCCACCAGGCGGCGCCUCUGAGUCGGCACCUGGAUCUGCCGGAGUCCAGGAGGCACACGGUGGAGCAGGGCCUCCGUCAGCUCAACAACCUGCUCAACAACCGGCUCUUCCUCACCAGGUUCAUCCACACGCUGGAGGCCCAGCAGGGCUUCUCCCAGCGCGACCGCGGCUACGUGGCCAGCCUGCUGACCAUGGCGCUGCACGACAAGCUGGAGUACUUCACCGAGGUCAUGAAGACUUUGCUGCAGGACCUGGUGCAGCAGUACGUCGCCAAGAACCCCAAACUCAUGCUGAGAAGGACAGAGACGGUGGUGGAGAAGAUGUUGACCAACUGGAUGUCCAUCUGCCUCUACUCCUACCUCAAGGAGGUGGCGGGCGAGCCCCUCUACAUGCUCUACCGGGCCAUCAAGUACCAGGUGGACAAAGGCCCGGUGGACGCGGUGACGGGAAAGGCCAAGAGGACGCUCAACGACAGCCACUUGCUCCGUGAGGACAUCGACUACUGUGCCGUGACUUUGACAGUCCUGGUGAAGAACGGAGCUGAAGUCCAACCGUGUCCCGUCAAAGUGCUGGACAUGGACACCAUUACACAGGUGAAGGACAAGAUCCUGGACCAGGUCUACAGAGGAGCGGCGUUCUCUCAGAGACCGGCGGCGGACACCUUGGACUUAGAGUGGCGUUCGGGUCAGGCGGGUCACCUGACGCUGUCGGACGACGACGUCACAGCCGUGGUUCAAGGCCGCUGGAAACGACUCAACACGCUGCAGCACUACAAGGUUCCAGACGGCGCCACAGUCGCUCUCGUCGCGCGGUCGCAGAGUUCCAGCGGCGCUCGAGUCAACCAGGUGUUCCAGACUGGAGAAAAAACGCCGAUGCUGGAGAGCGAAGAAGAGGAGGGGCUUCGACUUUGGCAUCUGGUGAAGAGCAGCGAAGACCCCGACAUCCCCAAACACAGGAAGAGCAGCAUGAGGGAGAGGGAGCGAGCCAAAGCAAUACCUGAGAUUUACCUGACCAGACUGCUGUCCAUGAAGGGGACCCUGCAGAAGUUUGUGGACGAUGUGUUCGUGGCCAUCCUGAGCACCAAGCGUCCUCCUCCCAUCGCCGUCAGGUUCUUCUUCGACUUCCUGGACGACAUGGCGGAGAAACACGGCAUUGACGACCCGGAGACCGUCCACAUCUGGAAGACCAACAGUCUCCCUCUCAGGUUCUGGGUCAACAUCCUGAAGAACCCUCAGUUCGUGUUGGACGUGCAGGUCUCAGACAGCAUCGACGCCGUCCUGUCCGUCAUCGCCCAGACCUUCAUCGACUCCUGCACCACCUCCGAGCACAAAGUGGGACGGGACUCUCCGGUCAACAAGCUCCUCUACGCCAGGGAAAUCCCUCGCUACAAACAGCUGGUGGAGAGGUACUACAGUGACAUCCACAGUGCCGCGUCUGGAUGCUACCAGGAGAUGAACUCCACUCUGACCGAGCUGUCAGGGAGUUUUGCCUCCGAGAUGAACAGUCUGGUCGCACUUCAUGAACUCUACAAGUACAUCAACAAAUACUACGACCAGGUCAUCAUGUCCCUGGAAGAAGACAACAGUGGUCAGAAGAUGCAGUUAGCAUACAGACUGCAGCAGGUCGCCGCCCUGGUGGAGAACAAAGUCACUGACCUCUGAUGACUCCAGGAGGACACUUCCUGUUCACUGAGGACACUGUGUGUGUGUGUCUGUGUGUGUGUGUGUGUGUGUGUGUGUCUGUGUGUGUGUCUGUGUGUGUGUCUGUGUGUGUUGUGUGUGUGUGUGUGUGUGUGUGUGUGUGUGUGUGUGGUCCCCACUAUGACAAUCUAACUUGCACUACAGUCCUGUCACAAAGCACAAGUGGUCACAUGUCAAUCAAGUGGUCACAUGUCAAUCAAGUGGUCACAUGACCGAUCAAUGCUGACUAAUCGUGAAGGCAGCAGCACUUGAUGGACGUCACAUCAGGACCGGGAUCUUGUCCUGGGUCCCACCAGGUGACAUGUGGACAAACAAGUGUGUGUGAUUGACAGGUGUGUGCGGGGCCAAUGAGGCGGGUGCGCACAAGCUCCGCCUCCAGUGACUAACUUAUGAGUGUACAUACUAAGUCCUAUUUAAAGUUAUUUAUCCCAGCUGUGCCUUCGCCCUGGCAGCCAGGUAACUUCCUGUUGGAAGCGCAGGGAGCCACCACACAAGUCAAGGGGCGGGGCGGGCGUUGUUGCUAACGUCGGAGGAAUGUAGAGGCCGUGACUAUACCAGCACAAAAUGGUUAACCAGCUAACGCGGAAUUGUUAACGAACUAACACGACGGGUGUUACAACAAAAUUGUUAACGAGCUAGCAUGUCAGGUGUUAGCACCUAAUUGCUAGCGAUCUUACACAACAGGUGUUGGCACAUAAUUGUUAGCAAGCUAACGCAACAAGUGUUAGAACGAAUUUGUUAACGAGCUAGCAUGUCAGGUGUUAGCACCUAAUUGUUAGCAAUCUUACAAAACAGGUGUUAGCGCAAAAUUCUUAGGGAGCUAACAUGACAGAUGUUAGCACAGAAUUGUUAACGAGCUAGCAUGUCAGGUGUUAGCACAAAAUUGUUAGCAAGCUAACGCGAAAGGUGUUAAAACAUAACUGUCAGCAAGCUAACAUGACAUGUGUUAUCGCAAAAUUGUUAGCUCGCUAACAUGACAGGUGUUAGCACAAAAUUGUUAGCGUGCUAGCACGACGGGUGUUAGCACAUAAUUCUUAUCGAGCUAACGUGACAGAUGUUAGCACAAAAUUGUUAGCGAGCUUACAUGACAAGUGUUAGCACAAAACAUUUAGCAAGCUUACAUGACAGGUGUUAGCACAAAAUUGUUAGCGAGCUACCGCGACAGGUGUCAAAACCAAAUGGUUAGCUUGCUAACAUGACAUGUGUUAGCACAACAUUUUUAGCGUGCUAACAUGACAGGUGUUAGCACAAAACUGUUGGCACGCUAACAUGACAGGAGUUACCACCUGAUUGUUAGCGAGCUGACAUGACAGAUGUUAGCACAAAAUUGUUAGCGAGCUAACACGAAAGGUGUUAGCACGCUAACAUGACAAGUGUUAGCACAUAAUUGCUCGCGAACUAAUGUGACAGGUGUUAGCACUUAAUUGUUAGUGAGCUAGCACGUAAAUUGUUAGCGAGCUAACAUCCGAUCCACUUUAUUUAUAUAGCACAUUCAAACAACAAAAAUGUUAAAAACAAUAUUCAAAUAUUAUCCUUAGCUCCACCAAUGACUGAAUAAAAACAAAAAAAUAAAUAAAUAUAAAAACAAUAUAAAAAUAAAUAUGAUUAAAAAUGAUUUUAAAACGGUAAAACCAAUUAAAACAAUAAAUAAAAACGUUACAACAUGACAAAUGUUAGCACCUAAUUCUUAGCGAGCUAACACGACAGGUGUAAGAAGAAAAUUGUUAGCGGCCCUAACAUGACAGGUGUUAGCACCUAACUGUUAGCAAGCUAACAUGACAGGUGUUAGAACCUAACUGUUAGCGAGCUAACAUGACAGGUGUUAGCACCUAACUGUUAGCGAGCUAACAUGACAGAAGUAAGCACCUAAUUCUUACCGAGCUAACACGACAGGUGUAAGAACAAAAUUGUUAGCGGGCUAACAUGACAGGUGUUAGCACAAAACUGUUAGCGAGCUAAUCUAACAAGUGUUAGCUUGUAUAAAGACUGUAUGUUAUCUACAAAGAUGUUUUUUUCUGAGUUUUUAAGCAUGCAAAACCGCUAAAUCCGUUCGCAUGUUAGCAAUGUAAACAUCUUUCGCGUAUGACAUGCUAUAAUCUUGCGGUUUUUGGCGGCAAGCACAUCCGGCGCCACUCUAGCUUUCCGGACUAACUUGACAUGCAUGUUGUUGUUUUUUUGUUUUUUUUACGGUUGUCUUCUGACACCAACCAGCGGGCGUGACUGAAGCCAAAAUGGAUAAGACAAUAAGAAAAAAGAGAGAGAAAAAAAAGCAAUAAUAUUAAUAACGAUAAAAAGCACAGGGCUGUUUUUCCAACUAAUCGUCAGUCUUUGUUCAUGUACAUAUUGUCAGGUUCAAACAUCAGACAAGAAGCAAGGAAAUAAACAGAGACAGGAUUCAAUUUUGCUCAAUUUGAGGAGAAACAUGUCGACCUGUAACCUCUUACAGUGUCACCCCCGCUCUGAUGAAAAAAGGUUCACGUCUCCUCUUUUAUUUGGAUAUUCCCUGUUUACACAACAACAGCUGUUUCUAAAGGAAUGGUAUGUAUGUAAACACACAUUGUUUUUGGUCACAUUAACACAAAAGAAAAAGAUGCCUCAGGCUUGGACUGGUCCUGGAUCGAGCUUGGGCAAGUCUUGGAUCACCCCCGUCUCCUCCCAUCGUACUCAGCGGAAUUUUCCAAGCCUUUGACUUGGUGCAACAAAGACAGCCUCUUGUUUGUUCACUGGGAACUGAGAGAACGGAAAGUUUUUUGAUCAAUUUUCCGGACACAUAUUCUUAUAAUGCCACUUCUUUUUAUGGACGUGAUGUCGUCGUAAAAAAAAUACAACUUUGAAAUGGACACUCCGGAAAAAAAAAAAAGCGUUGAUCGAACGCUCCAUUUUUUUCUUCUUCUUCUUGGUCUGCUGCGUCUUUUCCUCCAUUUUGUCUUUUCGCCUGCUUUGUCUUUGUGGACUUCUUAUCGAUUUUUGCAUGCGUGUGAUGAUGAUGACGACGACGAUUAAGGCACAAAGAUGAUGAAGAUGCGUAACCUGAUCUCUGUACAGUUUUUUGGGGGAUGACACUUGCACUUUGUUACUUUUUUCUACAAGACGUGCAGGAAUGUUGUCACCUUUUUUUUUUUUUCUACGGACUGUGCGAAUGUGAUGUAAAUAAGGAGAAUGCUGAGGGUGACGACGUGUUUGUUUUUGCGAGAAGGCCAAAACACUUUGUAACGGGACAACAAACAUUAAAGUAUCGUUUUUAACAUUUACCUGUUUUUGGCUGGCUCGACUUUGUUCGUCAAUAAUCGAUCAAUCGCUUGGAAAACUGUGAAGGUAAAUGCUGACAGAAUGUAGUAUGAAUGGAAGAAUGGUUUGAAUUUCCAGGAAAACCGGAAUUUGGUUCCGAGCUUGGGAAAGUGUUAGUUGGAUGAGUGGAGUGUGUUGAUGUUGGAAUUAGGGUUGGGCGAUAUAUCGAAU